CGCGAUGACGUCACUCAGACGUAGGGCUCUUUAGACGGGAGAAUUCGCGGCGAUGGCGACGACAGCUCGGUGCUGGGAAGGGACGCAGUGAAGCUGGCCUCGGCUCUGAUUUCCAUGUCUUGUGAGAAUUUCCAAAAAGGACAAUCAGGUCUGCUUAUCAUCCAUUAGUGAUUGUUUGUGCAGAGAAAUGAGAGGAAGUGAGGUUAGUGAGAGACGAGGACUGACAUGCAGCAGAGGUCUGGGAUGGAGUCAGACUGGGGAUAUUGUAGUUUGUGGUUGGUGUCUUAACCCCUCAGCCACCCUGGCAUCCGCACAAACAUGUAUUUACAUAGCAGGACUCUAGCCAGCUUUGAGAACAAGACAGAUCCAGGCCAGAGUUCCAUCUUGGGUGACCGGCACUCCUUGACAGGGGCAAUGGAGGAGGAGGGGCAGCAGAGCUUGGAGUGUAUCCAGGCCAAUCAGAUCUUCCCCAAGAAGUCCCCCGUCCUGGAGGAGGAAAACAUGCAGGUGCCCUUUCCUGAGCUGCACGGGGAGUUCACCGAAUAUGUGGGGAGAGCAGAGGAUGCCAUCAUCGCAGUGUCCAACUACCGCCUACACAUAAAGUUCAAAGAGUCAGUUGUCAAUGUUCCUCUUCAGCUCAUUGAGAGUGUGGAGUGUCGGGAUAUGUUCCAGCUUCAUGUCACCUGUAAGGACUGCAAAGUAAUCAGAUGUCAGUUCUCCACCUUUGAGCAGUGCCAGGAAUGGUUGAAACGUCUGAACGUAAUAGUGCGGCCUCCGUCUCGCUUGGAAGACCUCUUUGCCUUUGCCUUCCAUGCCUGGUGCAUGGAGGUAUAUGCUGGAGAGAAAGAGCAGCAUGGCGAGCUGUGCAGACCAGGUGAACACGUGACCUCAUGGUUCAAGAAUGAGGUGGAGAGGUUGGCAUUUGACACUCAAAAUGCCUGGAGGAUAUCUGACAUCAACAGCAAGUUCAGGCUUUGCCCCAGCUAUCCUCAGCAACUCCUAGUGCCAGCCUGGAUUACUGACAAAGAGCUAGAAAAUGUGGCAGCCUUCCGCUCCUGGAAGAGGUUUCCUGCUGUCGUUUAUAGGCAUACAACUACUGGGGCUGUGAUUGCCCGCUGUGGCCAGCCAGAGGUCAGCUGGUGGGGCUGGAGAAAUGCUGAUGACGAGCACCUCGUUCAGUCUAUCGCCAAGGCCUGUGCCGUGGACAGCAGCUCCCGCAAACACGUUCCCAACGGUAGCUACACCAACAGCUCAGACCUGCCUGACACAGAUUUUGAAUCAUCCAUGACCAACAGCUCAGAGGUGGAGACACUGGCCAUCCAGCCUCACAAGUUACUGAUCCUAGAUGCCAGAUCCUAUGCUGCUGCUGUAGCUAACAGGGCCAAGGGGGGAGGCUGUGAAUGCCCAGAGUACUAUCCCAACUGCGAGGUGGUGUUCAUGGGAAUGGCUAACAUCCACUCCAUUCGCAAGAGUUUCCAGUCUCUGCGAUUCCUCUGCACUCAGAUGCCUGACCCAGCCAACUGGCUUUCUGCACUUGAGAGCACAAAAUGGUUGCAGCAUCUGUCCCUGCUACUAAAGGCGGCUUUGCUGGUGGUCAACGCUGUGAACCGAGAUCACAGGCCAGUCCUGGUGCAUUGCUCUGACGGCUGGGACCGCACACCUCAGAUUGUUGCUUUGUCCAAGCUGCUGCUGGACCCUUACUACCGCACUAUUGAGGGCUUCCAAGUUUUGGUGGAGACAGAAUGGCUGGACUUUGGCCACAAGUUUGCUGACCGAUGUGGCCAUGGAGAAAAUUCAGAGGACCUGAAUGAGCGCUGUCCUGUUUUUCUGCAGUGGCUGGACUGUGUUCACCAGCUGCAAAGGCAGUUUCCAUGCUCCUUUGAGUUUAAUGAAGCCUUCCUGGUGAAACUGGUGCAGCACACCUACUCCUGUCUGUUUGGCACUUUCCUGUGUAACAGCGGCAAGGACAGGGAGGAUCGCCAUGUUCAAGAGAGGACCUGCUCAGUCUGGUCACUCCUCAGGCCAGCCAACCGCUCUCUGAGGAACAUGCUCUACUCUUCACACUCCGAAACUGUUCUCCACCCAGUGUGUCACGUACGGAACUUGAUGCUGUGGACGGCCGUCUAUCUGCCUAGCUCCUCCCCUACCACUCCUUCAGAUGAUUCCUGCGCUCCUUAUCCAGUACCCGGUGCCAACCCGGAAGAUGCGCCCCUGGGCAGGCGAACGAAGACUCGCUCUUUUGACAACUUGCCCAGUGCAUGUGAGCUGGGAAGCUCACUGGCUCCCAACCGUCGCUCCAGUGACCCUAGCCUCAAUGAGAAGUGGCAGGACCACCGGCGAUCUCUGGAGCUUAACAUGGCAGUGGGGGCUGAAGGAGAGGAGAACCAGGAUGAGGAGGUGCAACCUUAUCCAGACAGACUGGACUCUGAGCAGAAUGACAGCCCCCAGUCCCAGGGCUCAAAGGCUGAGCGCAAGCAGGAAUCCUCUGUGAACCCAGCAGACGAAGGAAAAGAGGUGGAGCUCUCUGUGGCAGUGGGUGUGGCCGAGGGACAAAUGGUGAACAUUCUUCAGGAAGCCACAAAGGAGGAGGCUGGAGGUGACAUGACAAGAGGGGACAGUGGUGAGGUGGCUCAUGUCUUUAGUGUUGUAGACAAGGAGGUGGAUGGAAAUGUAGAGCAGCAUCAGAUGGUGGAUAUCAGUGAGAUGGACUUGAAGAAGGAAGUAUAUGCUCAUGAUCAGCUUCCAGAAAAUAGUGUCCUGGAGGUUAAGGAGGAUAGUGACUCUUCUGUGCCCUCACAGAAGGAAGAGGAACAGGAUAAACAGGCAGCCAAGGUGUCUCAGACGACUGAGGACUUGGCUAAGGAGACUGUAGAGAAAUCUUGUGUACAAGAAGAGUUUGCACGUGUACUGGCAGAAUCUAGCACAAAUGAGCCAGAACAGCCUGCAGCAGAUAGAACUGUAAAUAGUGACUUACUGCAUAGGUCCCCUGAAAAACUAGGUGUGGAUGAGGAGACCUGCCCUGACUCUGAAUCUGACCACGGUGUCCCUGAGCCAGUGGAGCAGGUGGAUAAGAGGGCCUCCUUGAUGGAAAGCUCCACAGAGACUUUAACCGAAGAGGCCUGUGGCAGAGUGGAGCUCCCUGCACAGCCACCUGUUUGUUUAAACCAUCACCUCAUAAGUGAUGGCAGGAGCCCAGUUACCUGCUUCAAGAAAGAGAAGGGGCCAGAGACGGGUGAGCAUGGCUUGAUCAGAACUUUAAGUGAGGGCAGCAAGCAACCCUCUGUCAGUGCCUUUCAGUCAGCUCGUGCUGACCUUAGCAGGGAUGGACUUUGUAAUGGGGACAACUCUGAAGGGGAGCCUUGUGGAGCACCUCACUGGGCCAAAGGGAAUGUGGAAAGGGCCCCUUUGAGCCGCCAGGUAUCUGUAGCAAGCUGCAACUCCCUGAUCCUCCACCCGCGAGGUAGCUCUUCUCAGCACCGCUGGUUUCACACCCUGCUAGGCCGAGUCACCAUGAGCCCUGAGCAGCCAACUCGCAGCCACCUGGAUGAUGAUGGGCUGACCCUGCACACAGAUGCUAUCCAGCAAAGACUGAGGCAGAUUGAAGCAGGACACCAGAUGGAGGUAGAGACUCUGAAAAAGCAGGUCCAGGAGCUGUGGAGCCGCCUGGAGAGUCAGCAGCACACUAGCCCUCACCGGAUCAAUGGCGACAUAGGGGAUGAAGUGACCUCAAUGACGGACUCUGAGUACAACCUGGACCCAAACUGUUUGUCGCGCUGCAGCACAGAGCUCUUCUCUGAGGCCAGCUGGGAACAGGUGGACAAGCAGGACACUGAGGUCACUCGCUGGUACCCUGAUCAUUUGGCAGCCCAAUGUUACGGCUGUGAAAGCAGGUUCUGGCUCGCUACCAGGAAGCAUCACUGCAGUGGCAGGGAGCCUGUUCAGGAGGUCUGGAACUGUGGUAACGUGUUCUGCGCCAGCUGUUGUGACCAGAGGAUCCCAGUGCCAAGUCAGCAGCUGUUUGAACCCAGUCGCGUCUGUAAGACUUGCUACAGCAGUCUCCAGCACGGCUCAGCUUCCCUGGACCUGGAGCUGGAGAAACCUAUUACAGCCAGCUCCAACUGAGGUUCAGAGGACCCAGACAGACAGGAGUUGGGCUGAGCCACAGGCCACUGAUGUGGAAGCACUGCUGUAGAGCACAGGAGCUACAGAAUGUCCCAUGUACUUUGUAUGUGAGUGAUGCAGAUGUGGAAUUUGGUGUGUGUGUGUUUGUGCGUAUUCUCCACCAGUCAUUCAGUGGAAUUGGUGGAGUGGCUGAGUGAUGUGUUGGUGAGAUGGGACUGCACAGAAAGAAGUGAAAAUGGACAUCCUGGUGCCUUGGACCAGGCAGGCAGAGGAGGUUGUCUCACUGUUUGCUGAAGUUUCCUGGAGGACUUCUGUCCAUGAAAGAUUCUCCUGAAAAUCCUGAAAGAUCCUCACCAAGGUUUCUCAUCUCCUAGCCUGGAGCGUGGACUCAUCUCUCUGGGGUGUUAAGAUGUCCUGGCAAUCAUGACUGUCCCUCAGCAUUAGAAAUGUUCAGAUACCAAACCAAUGUUUCAGUACAAGAUUAAAGGAACAAUUCAGCCACAUUACCAGGGGAGAAGGUGAUCCCAUUUCCUCACCCCUCAUGGUACCAGCAAUACAGCAUUAGUAUUUUAUUUAGCUUUGAUCUUAUCAGAGGUUUCUUCUGUGGUCAUGUUAUCAGUUAAGCAUACUUCUGUGUAAAUUGUCAAUGCUGUGAGGUUGGGCUGUUUUGUCACAAAACUGUCUACACAUUCAGACAGUCCAAAAUGAAACUUAAGGUUUUUGUUAUAUGGAUUUGGAUACAAAAGUACAACGGCACAUUGAUAUAAGGAUCUAAAUUAGAGAAGCCAGCCCACUGAGACUGUUACACCUUCAGUAUGACCAAAGCUCCAAAGAAUGCAGAAAACACUGAGCAGUGGGUUUAAAAUGGUAACUACCUGAUAACAUGACCAAUGACAUAAAUUUAUUUUUCCAUAGGGGACUUCAUACAGUUUCAUAGACUCCAUACAGUUUGGUUGCACUGUAAAUGGCCCUUUUCAGACAUGGAUGACCAGCUGACGUGGUCACGUUGCUGUUAAUGGUCCUAACAGCUUCAUUAUCCUGCAGCGACAGCAAGAGCCACAGUAUGUGGGUGAUAUUUACCAUACAUGCAAAGAUUUAUAUUGUCACUACACUUGGAAACAAAACCAAAAAAUACUCAAGAGCUCAACACAUUUGAAAGCUGUACUGCACCCCACCCACUCCUCUCUCCUUGACUGGGAAUGCUGAAAUGCACAUUGCUUGUUUAGGCUACAAACAUUCAGACUUGAGUGGUAAUACAAGUGUUGCCAUUUUGACAUGGAGUGCUGUGAUUUUUUUUUUUUUUUUUUUUUUUUUUUAACAGAAGUGACCAACAUGCUUUCUUUCAUAUUAAAGCAGAGCAUGUCUGAAAAGGGGCUUGUGUGUAUUAACUGGGGUAUCUCAAAGAAACUGGCCCCAGCAUCUGUUUGCAGUGUCAGUACUCUGGAAAAUUGGGUGAAUUGAACCUUUAACUUUCUGUGGGCUGAAUCUCAACACUGCUUGAUUUUGUGUGGGUGAACCUUUAAGCAAUUUCUCAGAAAAGAGACACAAAUGUUUGCAAACAAGUGAUCUCCAAAGCAAACUCUUGUUUUACAUCACAUGACGUUUUAGUUGAGAUUCAGUCUGUACAGAUAGAGGCUGGACUCCUGGAAGUUGUGAAUUUGCUAAAAUCUGUGCUGUUCAGAUAUUACCCCCCCCCCCCCCCCCCCCCCUUUGCAUUUUUCUUUUUCCUCAAUAGUUUGACAUUUUUAUCUUGAGCACAGUGAGAAUUUCUUGCAUUUUAAUCCCCAGUGUAAACAGAAGUCUUACAGCAAGCUAGUGAGGCAAAAGGCUUGUGGCUAUUUGAUCCUUUAACAGCUCAUGCUGCACUGCUCCUCCAGACUGUUUAUUACUCAUGUGCAGGGAGGCACUGACUGUGAAACUCUGGGCCUGUAUUGACUUUGAAUUUGUUUUCAAAAGAUUGACGUCACCAUACCAAAGUUUGGUUGAUAGCGCUGCAUCACUAAUGAUGUGUUUUCGGUAUUAGUUUGUCAGAUGGUAGCAGUUUGUCUGCGCCGGACUCACUGAUGCAUGUGGUAAUAUGGUCAACCACUCCAACCAGUUUUUACCCAGCAGGCACUGGGAGCUGAACAACUGUUUUCAGUCCUCUAGUGGUAAUCAAACAGGUGUGAAAGUCACACAAUUUUCAAAUUCUGAAGGAUACCCUGUUUUUGUUGUCUGGAGGUGGCUGACUGUCACCUCCAAACGAUUUCCGCUUUGAGUCGGUCACAGAGGAGCACAGCGGCAGUAGAAAGGGCUUUCUGCGUUUUCCUGAGUUUGAAACGCCACAUGAAAUCUGUCAAAAUGUCAGACACCUGCUCUGCCUCACACCCAUUAGUAAACUACUUGUGCACACACAGACACAAUUUUUGUACAGAAAAUGAGAUAAUAUAUUCAGAUACCUGCAUAGCAUUUAAGAAAAAAAUGUAUAGAUCCUUAAAUAGUGGCACUUAGUCACCAAAUUUCUUUUUUUUUCUUUUUUUUUUUUGGGUUAAAUAAAUGGAGAAGCAGGGUGUCCUGUUUUGAUGCUGCAGUGUUUUUUUUUUUUUUUUUUUUUUUUCCCCUUCCCUUUUUAAGUGCGAUCAUUACUUGGAUUUUAUUUAUUGACGUUUGUAUUGUUGAAUUGCUGUUAAAAAAACUCCAGAUAACUUAAUUUGCCACAGGAUAAUCAGAUUCAGACGUGGGGAGUGAGCUGGUUCUGAACUUCGGCUACAGCAUCAUGUUGGGAUAUUUUGUCUUGGCCAAUGUAUGUAUGUAAAGAUUUCAGGACUGAGAGGGGUGAGCAGUCAAAGGUAGCUAGUGAGACGUCUAUGCAUUGAGUGAACAGUGGUCCAAAACAAGCAGCCUGAACCCCCCCCCCCAAAAUACACUCACAUUACACCAUUCACUCAUCUACAAACACUACCUCUACUUUUAACCACACUUUUUCAUAUAAACACACACAUUCACACACUGAGCUUCUAGUUGCUGAGUGACUCUUGCUUUUCAGAUUUCCGGUGAGAAUGGCCUGUGUCAACCCCCCCCCCCCCCCAAAUGUCAGCUGGAACAUUUAAAGGUCAGCUGCUGUAGGUCAACAUGCAGUAAAUUUGGACUAUCAGAGGAAAUGCAGACAUUUAACUGUGACAACAUACUGGAGCUGUUUGACUGAGCCCAUGUUCCCGGCACUUCCUGUUGGAUUUGUGUGGUGGUUGACUCGGAUGAUUGACGUGUGGUGGAGCUGCUGCUUAGGUGGUCAGAGCAACAUAGGCCUCCAAGGGUGUGUUUUUAAAUAUCAGCCUCCUGUGGAAGUUCUGAACUUCAUUAAUUCAAUAGCUCAACCUUUUAGUCUUUCAGAGAAAUGAAAUGUAUUGUUUUUGCCCUCUUGCAUAAGAUGAGUCAUUUCCACUUGCCAUGGCAACAAAACUGAGUAAUUCUGUCCAAGUGGAGGAUAUACUCCACAGUCCCUGUGAGGCCUAAGCUCUUUGACUUUCCCCAGCCAGCAGCAUAAAUUGUCAUUCUCUAGUUUCACCACCUUCACGUCCUGUUCAGCAAUCCAUGAAUGUGAAUUGUCUCAGAGAGAAAAGGCUGUUUAUUUGCACAUGACAUUAAGUAGACACUGCCACAGGGUAGAAAAAGUGAGACUUAAAGUGUGCUUUUUCAGUAUUGUAACAGGCACGAUGGGAGCUGUGGACAGAUCUGCGUGUGGGAGGGUCUGGAAAUGUGGGCUUCAGUUAACACAUGUUGCUGUGUCCCAACCCCCCAGUAUGCAUAUGUUUUUCUUCACCCACGCUAACUUGCUUUCAAAAGCAUCACUGCAAUGGCCCAGUAAUCAUGUGA